CAUAUGUCUGCUGACCUGUGUGCCGGGUUAGGGUGUGUUUCUAGUUCCUAACGUUACGUUGUGUAAUAUUAGCAUUUGUGUGGUAAUUCUGUUGUUUUUGUCACCUCGCCAAUUCUGGUCGUUAGGAGCUUUUUUAAAAUUUAGCACGACUAAUUAGAGAACUACUCUUAGACGUAGCUAGCUAGCGUUACAUCGAUACCUGGAUAACAGAGGCUAACGUUAGCUUGUUGCUCUGUCGGUAAGUUAGGUUGUAUCCAUCAACGUUAACAUUAGAAUGGGUGAAGAAAUGAACGACAACCCCUCAUGUAGAGGACCUGCUAAUGACACCAAGGUUGGGGAAAACGGCGAAACAGUGGAUGGUGGUGUAAAAUAUUACACAUUAGAAGAAAUAAGACUACAUAAUAUGAGCAGUGACCCCUGGCUCAUCAUCCACGAUAAAGUGUAUGACAUUACAAGUUUCCUUGAAGAGCAUCCGGGAGGUGAGGAGGUUUUACUAGAGCAGGCUGGUGCAGAUGCAACGGAGAGCUUUGAGGAUGUGGGUCAUUCCACAGAUGCCAGGGAGAUGCUUCAGCAGUACUACGUUGGGGAGCUUCACAUGGAUGACAGAAAAAAGGAGACUGAGAAUGAGGAAAAUGACGCAAACUCAAGCUCCUGGACCACGUGGUUGAUUCCUGCUAUUGCCGCAAUUGUCAUUGGUGUCAUUUAUCGCUACUACACAUUUGAACACAAGUCUUCUUGAGUGCUGGAAUUCUGUUUUCAUGUCAUUCUUUUUAUCUGGAGGCCUUGAAAUGUUUGACCAAAACCUCAUCACACUGAACGCACUCAAUUAGGAGUGUCUGCGUCUUUUCGCAACAACAAAAGGAGGGGAGCCGUUUUGAUAAAGCACUUUUGUCUUUAUCCAUCUAAAUAGAGUGCACCAAACGGACAGUAGGAGAGACUUUCUUCAAUUGUCUGCCUUCAGUUUCAUUGUAUUUCAUUGUCACGCCUGGUGUCUUUUAAUGUUUAAUAUUGUCUUUAACUUAAACUUUCUUAUGCAUUUGACCAUUGUCGUCUCUGUAUGUUCAUUAACCAUUUGCCUGCCUAGAGAAAGUUAUGCUAACAGCCUGGUAUGCAUACACCAUCACUUCACUGACUGACAGAGAUGUGAGUAUGCAGAAUGGUGAUGAAAUCGAGUUACUAGUUAACUGUGACCAUUCAACUUUUUACACUGAAUUAUAACUUGCGAUGCAUUUUCUUAGUUUUAAUAAAGUGAAAAAUGUUAUGGCUAGCUUACUGUGAAUGUGUUUAUUCCAUUCACUCAUUACUGCACUGGUCUGGUUAAGCAUGGCUUGGUUGCAUUUAUCACUUGGAUACAAAUGCAUAAUCUUUCCAAUUAUGUAAUUGUAGUGUCAUAUCUUUGUUAGUUCUCUUUUGUUAAUGGUGGCGAGUUAUAUUAUCUCAAUGAUUAUUUAAGGAAUGUGUUCAGAUUUGUACCAUUUUUCUACAGUUCAAUCAGGAAUUUGUGUAAAUGUUCAAACUGCCUGAUCUGUACAUUAAUAAUGUAUGUAGUAUGUAAUACAAUCAUGUUUUAUUACCCAGACAUAAUUGCUGACAGUGAAUUAUGAGUGAAUAUGAUUAUUUAUUUGUAUUGUUACUCACUGCCAUCUGUUAUUCACAUGCUGCUUUUUCACAACUUUUUCAUUGUAAUGCAUCUUAAUUUUAUGUUUUGGGUGAUUGGUACUGGCAACUGGCGGAGGGUUUGAAUUGUAUCCAAUGAAGUCUGUUUGUGUGCAUACAUAUAAUAUAUUUUGAGUACUCAACCUUUUUGAAUUAUCUAGGUUGCUGAUUAAUAUUCUGAAAAAGGCAUUUGAAUUCCUAUUACUACAAACUAACUACAAAUUCCACAACCAGUCCGUUUACCACCUGUCAGUCAAACAUUUCUGAAUAUAACAUGCUAUUUUUACAUGUGAUUAUAAUAUUACUUGCAUAUGUCAAAGUUUAGUUAGUUAACUUUAAAGA